AUGCCCAAGGAUACCUGCAUGCCUGCGGGCUCCUCCAAGCAACAGCCUGUUGGACCAAGCUAUCAAUUCGAGCCUGUCCUUAGCCCCGAGCUUGGGGAACAGAACAACUCCCAGAACCCUCUCCAGACGAAAGUUACGAAUAUAGGCACAGAGGAAGUGCCAGGAGUGGCAGUAGUGACACAGAGCAGUAGCAGACCGUCAACAAGCCAGGCCGUCAACAAGCCAGGCCGUCAACAAGCCAGGCCGUCAACAAGCCAGGCCGUCAACAACCUAGGCCGUCAACAAGCCAGGCCGUCAACAAGCCAGGCCGUCAACAAGCCAGGCCGUCAACAAGCCAGACCGUCAACAACCCAGACCGUCAACAACCCAGACCGUCAACAACCCAGACCGUCAACAAGCCAGGCCGUCAACAAGCCAGGCCGUCAACAAGCCAGGCCGUCAACAACCCAGACCGUCAACAAGCCAGGCCGUCAACAAGCCAGGCCGUCAACAACCCAGACCGUCAACAAGCCAGGCCGUCAACAAGCCAGGCCGUCAACAACCCAGGCCGUCAACAAGCCAGGCCGUCAACAAGCCAGGCCGUCAACAACCCAGACCGUCAACAACCCAGACCGUCAACAACCCAGACCGUCAACAAGCCAGGCCGUCAACAAGCCAGGCCGUCAACAAGCCAGACCGUCAACAAGCCAGGCCGUCAACAAGCCAGGCCGUCAACAAGCCAGGCCGUCAACAAGCCAGACCAUCAACAACCCAGGCCGUCAACAAGCCAGACCGUCAACAAGCCACACCAUCAACAAGCCACACCAUCAACAAGCCACACCAUCAACAAGCCAAACUCUCGUCUCCCCCAACAUUACGAGGUAA